AUGGGAUGCAGCCAAAGCGCAUCGACAGUUACUAUGCGGAAAAACAUAGUAGUUAAGGAUUCAGAGAGUGAAGAUGAUGAAGAUGGUGUUAAACAUCCCUUAACUUAUGACAUAUCAGAAAUAUAUCAGAAAAUUCAACUUGAAGCCUAUGCUCAUAGGAAAGCCAUAGAGUUGUAUUCAGAAGCCCAUAACCUCAUUUUCAAACAAAGGGCCGUUCAAAUAGAUAGCUGGCUUGCUUCUCUAAAAACCCAUUUGGAUAGAUUUGAUCCCGAGAGGUUGAAUUCAGAAUGGUACCUAUCGACUUUCUGAGAACAAAAUAAUAUCAAAUUUUAAGCAAAUCGAUCAUCUCAAUUCUCAAUUUGCUAAUCAAAAUUAUUAUGCAGCAUGCAAGCGACAAUACGACAGCCUUGGAAAUGAUCUCAAAGACCUUCUAGGACGAUCCAAGAUAUUGCUUCGGCAGGUGGAGUUACAGCAGGUGUUGCAAGCUAAUAGUUCAGGACAAAGCAAAGCUAAAGAAGAAUCCAAUAUUUGAGAAGAGGAGAAAAAUACUCUUAAGGAAUCUGAAGAAAUUGAAUGGCAAGCACUCUCAGGUUCCUGAUUGGAAUAUUCUGUGGAUUUUAGAGACUCUUCUGGAGAUCCUUUUGGCUUAACUUUAGAUGAAAUCCGUGUAUCUCUAGGAAAUCUUCUAGAUUUCAAAUUUUUGAAGAACAUAAUUCCUCUGAACCAUGAUUAUUUAUCUCAUAUUUAUUGAGAUAUAGACGAAAUCAAUCAGAAGACUCUCAAGAUUUUGGCUCAGUGCCCAUUCUUCAAACGGGUAAACAAAUUAUUUCUCUCGUUCAGAAGACAAGCCCGUAUCAACAUGGAUAUGUGCCUGAAGCAGAUCCUGAAUGCUAGCUGUAAGAUAUAGAAUCUGAGUUCAACAUUUCUGGGCUAAUUAUUACCCAGCCUUCAUUUAUGAAGCUUCUCUGUGCUUCCCGAAAUAUAGACAAAUUAUGUUUGAAUGAUUGAGAAAUUUCUAUGAAAGAUGUUCCUGACUUUGGUAAUAUCAAAAAUUCAACACAAACUCUGCAUACAAUCAGAAGUCUAUGAUUUUAUUCUUCAGAAAUUAUUGGGCCGUCUAAAAACCCAGCCAAGAUAGAUGGCUUCUUAGCUUUGAUAAAAGGACUCUCCAAGUCUCAAUAUUUCAGAACUUCUUUAGAUUAUAUUGGAGUGACCAACUCUUUGGAUCUCAAAAAGGUGAAGAAGAUAUUAAAAAAAUAUGAAUUUACCCUUGAAAAUUAA